AUGGAUCUGUUGAAAUUUUUGAUGGAGUCCCCUACUUUGACUGGAAGAUUGACUAGGUGGCAGAUAUUGUUAUCCGAGUUCGAUAUAGUCUAUGUGAGUCAAAAUGAAAUAAAAGGGAGCGUUAUAGUCGACUUUCUUACAAGUCGUGCCUCAGAGGACUAUAAGUCUUUGAACUUCAAUUUCCUAGAUGAAGAUUUAAUGUGCAUUUCUACCGAGGAGGAGAGCUCCGAAGGCAACAAAUCUUGGACUUUAUACUUUGAUGGUGCCUCUAACGCUUUAGGAAAUGGAAUUGGGACAGUGUUGAUUUCCCAAAAUGAGAUUUACUAUUCUUUCACAAGAAGAUUAGAUUUCUUUUGCACCAAUAACAUGGACAAAUACGAAGCUUGCAUUAUGGGGUUAAAAGCGGUCAUUGAAAGAAAGAUCAAAACGCUCAAAGUAUGCGGAGAUUUCACGCUAGUGGUAUACAAACUAAGGGGGGAAUUAGAGACGAAAGACUUGAAGCUAGUCGCAUACAGAAAUUUAGUCCUCAAAUUACUAAAAGAAUUUGAGGAUGUCACGUUCAAAUACCUCCCACGAGAGGAAAAACAAAUGGCAUACACAUUAGCUACCUUAGCAGCAAUGUUUAAAGCUAAUAAGAGAAUAGACAUGAUGCCCAUAAGGAUACAAAUAUAUGAGUCCCUGGCUCACUGA